AUGGCUGGUGCUCCUGGUUGUCGCGAGAAGAGUCCAUUUGGUGGUCAUGUGCGCCUGCCUUUAAUACUCAUUACGUUCGUUUUGGGCCUGGCCAGCUGUGAGCUGCCCGCCGGCAAGCGUCCGCUGAUCUUCAGCGGCAGCAAUUGGCCGCCCAAGAGUGCCAAGCAAUUGGCUCCGGCACCGGGUGGCAAGCAGCGCACCUUGGUCGUCCAGAUACGCAGCGAUCAGCCGGUUCCGUUGGUAUUGAAGGGUCGCCACGGCUCCCAUACGCACGCCCAUCAGCAUCUGGCAGCGCAUCCUCAUUCUCUUGGACACGGACAUGGACACGCCCAUCUGCACUCUCAUGCGCAUCAGCUCUCCCACGCGCACGCCCAUGCCCAUGGACACGCCCACUCGCAUCUGUUGCACGCGGCUUUGCCGCAACAUUUGCGUGGCUCCCGUCCGCUUAAGCUCAGUGCUCCAGUGUAUCUGAAACCCGCCGGAAGCAUACGCAAACCGCUCAAGAUCAAGCUGGGUAACUCCAAGCCGUACGUGAAGCCCACGUUUGGCUAUGAGAAGCCCUUCAAGUAUGAGAAGCCCACGGCGAUUGCCUACAGUGAACUGCAGAAUUUGCCGCUGGACACACACAACAAUUUCAAUACCGAGCACUUUGCACCAAUUUACACGGUACCCGCACCAAAUCUGGCCUUGCACAACGACAAUCAGCUGGACAGUGGGUUAGACACCGCCUACCUGUCUCCCCGCCCCGCACAGAGCACACCCCGCCCACAGGCACCACACCCGUACUACAGCGUACACGAGGAUGAGACAAAUGAUCAAACGAUACGCGAUCCCAUUUCGGGCUCGCAGAAAUUCUUUGCUCCAGAUCCGGAUCCAUCGUUGCCCACGAGCAAGGUGAAGAUCGCCACGGAGAGCUUCAACACGCCCAGCAACAGCAAACCGCUGCCCACGGACGUCCAGAGCAAUCAUCUGCCCGCCCAGCCACUGGUGCAGAUUGUGGGCGCCCAAACAGCUGCCCAAGCCGUGCCCAUCUAUCCGAUCCAGUUUACCCAGCAGACGACACAACCCUUCAUAGCCGCCGCCCUGCCCGCCUCCCACAUACCCAUCUAUAAUCCCACCUAUCUGGUCACCCAGUCCAAUCAGCUCUAUAGCCAGCACAAGCAGCAACUGUUCAAGCCCAGCACGGAGCAUGUGAUUGAAACCGGCUACGUGAACGCAGAUCUGACCCAAGAGGUGGCCAGCAACGGGCAAAUUCUGCAGGCAGCCAAGGAUCCCCAUCAUAAUAUCCACCCAGUGUUAGAUACAGCGCCCCAAUAUGCAGCACUAAUUGCAGCACCAGCACUGGGAGAGCCAACAGAAGCUGUCUAUGACACGGCACCCUUCCAUUUGCCGAAUGUUGGCGCUGCAGCGGCGGCUGCCACAGCGCCCGAGGGUGGCUUUGUGGUGUCCAACUUCUAUGGAAAUGCGCACGAUUCCUCGCAGCUGCUGCAGGCGUAUGCGGAGGAGGAGGCACGACGCCAGCAGCUGGAAACUGAACAUGCUGCGCUGGAGCUGCACAAGCAGCAGCAACAGCUGCAACAGCAGCAACAUCUGCAGGAACAGCUGCAGCAGCAACAAAGUCUGCAAGAGCAGCUGCAACAGCAACAGCAGCAGCAGUUGCACUUGGAACAGCAGCAGCAGUUGCACUUGGAACAGCUGCACGCACAGGCACAUGCCCAACUGCAGCAGCAACAGCAGCAGCAAUAUCAACAGGAGCUGCAGCAGCAGCAAUAUCAACAAGACCUGGAGCAGCAGCAGCAGCAAUAUCAACUGGAGGAGUUGAAGGCCCAGGCACAGGAGCAACACUUGCAGCAACAGCAGCAGCAGCAACAACUACAGCUGCACCAGUUGCAGCAGCAGCAACAGCAACAACAGCAGCAACAGCAGACGCCACGUCAUCCAGCUGAUCCGGCGGCGGCUGCCUUUGAGGAGCAUCAGCGUCUGGUGCAGCAGCAGCUGGGCAGCAAUACGCCUUUGCGCAUCUUCGUACCAGAUGAGGACACAUCCGAAACGCGUCUGCAGAAGCGUUCAGACAAUCUAACGAAACCCACUUUUGAGGAUGAUACCACGGUGGCAGCUAGCGAUGCCAACAAGGAUUUAUUUCCCGUCUCAACUUCCGUUGAAGUGACUGGCGGGCCGACUGACGUCAGCAGUAAAUAGGUAUUUGAAUUUUGUUAUGACGUAGUCGUUAGCGUUCUUCCAAAAUAUUUAUGUUACAAAACUCAUGUGUAAACGCAAAUAUAUAGAAAGCAGUCGAUAGUGUAAU